AUGUUUCCAAGCUCUUGUUUCUUCCUAUAUGUCACACUAUCGUUAGUCUUCCUCUCCGUCGCGAGCACCACCGCACUUUCCGCGGCAUCACCCGUAUCAACGCCAAUCAAGUCCAAAAGCUUCUCCUUUUUUCUCUUCUCGUCGCUGCCCGACAUCACCGGCUUCCACCACAACCAUGUCUUCUCUUCAUUUCAACCUCCAUCCACUCCCUCCAUCUUCAUCUCCACUACUCACCACCACCAACAACAUUUCUUCCUUCUCCCCCACUUCCCUCUCCAUCUUCUACAACAACCACCACCACCUUCUUCGCUUCAAUCUCAUCGGGAUUUGAAGCCGCAGAAUUUGCUUCUCGAUCAACAGCAAGGGAUUUUGAAGAUUGCUGAUCUUAGUCUUGGGAGGGCUUUUACCGUCCCGCUUAAGAGUUAUACUCAUGAGAUUGUUACUCUUUGGUAUAGAGCUCCUGAAGUUUUGCUUGGAUCUACUACCUACUCUACUAGAGUUGAUAUCUGGUCUGUUGGAUGUAUCUUUGCUGAAAUGGUGAGGAGACAUGCUUUGUUUCCGGGGGAUUCUGAAUAUCAGCAGCUUCUUAAUAUAUUCAAGCUCUGUUGCGGUGCUACUUUUAUGUUUGCUGUCUGUUUUGCUCAAAUGGUUUGUGGUUCUUGUAGACGUCUGCUUUCGUAUCCAUCAGGUCAGGUGUUCAUCAUGCCGGUUUGUGACAGAAAUCGGGUUCCUGGAACUAGAGAGAGGAUGGAGAUAGAGAGGAAAGAGAGGGUAAGAAAAGCUGAGGCGUUGGUUGAGAAAGCAAUGAAAGGGAAUGAUGCUUCUCACGAUGCAGUGCAUGUUUGGAGGGUUCGUGACCUUGCUCUCUCCCUUGCCUCUGAGGAAGGCCUCUCUUCUGAUCCACACUCCAUGGAAAUCUUACAGCUGGCACCUGUUUUCUUUACUUUCUCGCUUGGAACGAAAAUGCACUAUUUUGGGCGCACUCUCCUGCAUGGAGGGGCAAAGUACAGAGCAACUGGGCAUGGAUUUGUCGUUCGUCAUGAAAAGUUUGCAGACAAUUACAGGAUGUACUCUAGGAGUCAUUUUGUGUGA